AUGAUUAAGUUGGAAUAUCAAAAAUAUGAAUUAUUUGGGAAGAAACAUGAAAAGAAUCAUCGGAAAGAUUAUGAAAUAAUAAUAAAAAUAGAAAUUGGAAUUUUUGACCGCUCACAUGUCGAACAUUUUUACGAUUUUUGGUACAAUUGGAAAUCUUGGCGUGAAUUUUCUUAUUUGGACGCUGAAGAUAAACAACGAGGAGAGGAUAGAUGGGAAAGAAGAGAAAUUGAGAAACAAAAUAAGGCUGAAAGAGAAAAAAGACGAAAAAAAGAUUUGAAGCGAAUUUCUACAUUGGUCGAGAUGGCAUAUUCUGUUGACCCAAGAAUUGUAAAAAUAAAAGAGGAGGAUAAAAAUAAAAAAUUGCAAAUGAAAGAGCGUAGACGUAAAGAAAAGGAAUUGAAAGAAAAAAUUGAAUUGGAACAAAAAAGGCAAAAGGAAAAAGAUUUGGAAGAGGAAAUGAUUAAAAAGAAUGAAGAGGAAAAGAAGGCUUUACAGGCUAAACAACAAAAGAAAAAAUUGUUGUCAAAUCAGCGUAAACAACUCCGUGAUUUGUCAUCUAACAAAAAUUAUUGGUUAGACAAUUCACUUGCUGCAGAAAAUCCUGAACAAGUUUUUGCAAUUUCUGAACAGAUUGAAAGGUUAUGUUUGUCUGCAGAAGUUGAUGAAUUGGUUAAUCUUUGUGAACGAUUAAAAGAUAUUUGUGUUUAUGAUGAUGCAUUGAGGAUAUUGAGAGAAUGUUCAAAUCCUGAGAGUUCUAGUAACUCCAAACAGUCAAAUAAUGGAAUGCCUAAAAAUUCAGCCCAGCCAAAUGAUGCCAAAACAAAUUCUUCUACAACAAAUGCUUGGACUCAUACAGAAUUACAAUUGUUGGUAAAAGCUGUUAAUUUAUUCCCUCCUGGGACUCAAGAACGUUGGAAGCAAGUUUCUGGCUAUAUUAAUGAGCACAGCGGUGAGGGAAACAAGCGUAGUGAAAAAGAUGUUAAACAACUCAAGUCUGGGCAAUUUCCUCCAAGCAAUAAUUCAUCUACUGUUCUUGUCAAUAAAAACAUACCGCAACAACAAACAACAACAGAUAUUCCAAUUAAUAACACAAACAACAGCCAAAAUAAUGAGCAACAAAACAACAUUAAUAAAAAUACUGAAGAUGAAUGGAAUGCUGAACAACAACGGCAAUUUGAAAAAGCAUUGAAAGAAAUACCUUCAAGUGAUGCUGAAAGGUGGGAUAAAAUAGCUGCAGCAGUAGAUGGAAAAACAAAGAAACAAUGUGUUAGGAGAUAUAAAAAAUUGGCUGAGAUGGUUAAAAAUGCUAAAACUGAGGCUGCUAAAUGAGAAAAAUUAAAAAUUUGAAAAAUAGUUAAGGGGGUCUGACGUGAGCUGUAGCUGCCAUUAAUAGUCCUCAGUCUACCACAGACUCUUAUAACUAGGCCUUAAUGUUCAUUUCAGGUCGAUUUUUUGUUCUACUAAUCGAUGUAGCUCGACGAAAUAUAGUGGAUCAUUCCAAGAUUUUGCCUAGAUCAGGGCUGUGCGCAAUUGGAAAAAAAUUUCCCAGCCACAAUCCGCAAUUUUAAUUUUUAUAUCGCAAACGCAAUCACGCAAGACAAAAAAAACACGCAAUCCGCAAUUGCGCCCCCAGUCCUGAUCUAGAUCCGCGACUUUUUUUAAGCUCUGGGUAGGCUGAGAAAAGCUCUGUGGUAGAUUGUGGAGUAUCCCUCAUUUAAACGUAUAUCCUAUUUCGGGUUAAUUUUAUAAAAUCUUGAGUUUUCCAACUUAAAAAAUCAAGUUGUAGAGACUCCUCUUUUCUUUGUUAUAUUUAAAAAUUCAAGAGCUGAUCCAUCCACUUGGAAAAAAGAUAUUGCUUAUUGGGGGCUUUCGAGAGCUAAUUAUCUCUUGUCAGCCUAUUAUUUUUUAUUGUUUUAUUCCUGGGGGGAAGACCACAACCAAAAAAAAUUAUUAAAAUGUCUCCAAAAAGGUCUCUCUCUAUUUUUAAAAUUAUAUCCAACAAAAAAAAUUUUUUUCUUAUUAAUUAAAAUGUUGUUUUUCUCUCUCAUAUUUUUUGCCUGCUCAAAAAAUUGUUAU